AUGGUCCUCUUCGCCGGCCUCUUUGCAGUUCAUGUAUGGCAAGGACUCAACUAUAAAUGCCUCUGGCUAGGGUUGGCCUUCUCACUAGGUGCCUUCGGGGAAUUCACCGGAUGGCUCGCCCGUACAGUAGCCUGGCGCUGUCCAUACUCCGUGAGGCUGCUGGAGAUGCAGCUUGCUGCUCUGAUAAUGGCCCCCGCCUUCACAACAGCCGGUAUCUACGGUAUUCUCGGUCAGAUAGUUUCCAUAAUCGGCCAAGAUAAAUCCCCUCUUACACCCAAGCAAUACCUGGUAAUCUUCAUGACGGUCGACUUCUGGAGUCUUCUUCUCCAAGCUGUCGGAGGUGGUAUUGCUGGUGCUGCUUUCGGCGCACACACUUCCUACUGGUCAGGCACCUACACAAUGGUAGCAGGAAUCAUCUGGCAACUCGUCUCAACCUGCGUUUUUACUACGUUACUCGAAUACGUGAUCUACCGCGCCAUAUACCAGAUUGCACGGAAUCCAUCCCUGCGAAAAAUUACAUCUUCCCUGAUGAUCGCAUGCACGUGCAUGGUAGCGCGGGGAAUCUACCGCAGCAUGGAGCUGAUGAAUGGGUGGGAGGGAUAUCUUUUCACGCAUGAGAUCUAUGCAAUUAUUCUGGAUGCUCUAGUCAUGUUCAUUGCUAGCUUGACGCUGGCAAUCUGGAACCCUGCUGCAUCGAUUGAAGAGGCUAGGAGGCAUCGUAGUACAGAAUUGGUGCAGCUCCGUGGAGAGGAAUGCCGAGAUCGGAAGCCGAGUGGGCAGGAUCAGCCGGCCCAUGCAGAGCCUGUUAUCGGUACGAUCGAAUAA